UUUAGAAUAUCGCUGGCGUUUGGAGAAGUCAAUCGAUUUUUAAAACGCGUCGAGCGCGCAUCGUUCCACACUCUCGAAACAUAUACGAAACGAAGUCUACGAAAAAUCAUAAAAAUGGCAUUGCGCAAGAAAAACGACUACAUACCCAUUAAAUGCGAGGGAUGGAAUGGCAAAUUCGAGUAUCCUGACGGUGCUGUCAACAAUGUAUCGAAAAUCCGUCGCUACAAUCAAAAUGUGACUAAUACAAACAACUUUUAUGGAUUCAAUACGGAACCUAUUGUCUUGCCCACCGCAUGGGACGGCACCUUUGUCAAAAGUGGUGAGACACGGAUCAAACCCGAGCGCAAUCGUUCCGAUGAUCAGGACUACUUCGACUACAACACGGAUCCAACCAUUUUGCCACCCACUUGGAGCGGAGAAUUCGUUACCGAUCCAAACGAUGUGCGCAUCAUACCUGAGCGUAACUUUUCCGAUCCCAGGGACUAUGCCGAGGCUAAACGCUUCAAGGUAGUUCAACAUUAAGUGAGAGUGAAAUAUGAAGUGUAGCAUCUACUAACAAUGUAUUGUUCUACUGAUAAUAUUUUGGGAACACUUUCUCCGAAUUACAACAUACAUACUACUUUUUCUAUGUUCUCUUCGGUUACACAUUGAAAUUAACCUAAGCGUUGUAUUUGAGUUUUUUAUUUUUAUUGAUAUGUAUUUAUUAUUACACGUAAUAAAAAAAUUGU